AUGAAAAUCAUUUUCCUCUGCUUGCUUGUUUUAUAUGUUCAUGCAGCUAUCGAUGAAAGUCGAAUAAAAGUGUUCAAAUGGAGAGGACCUUCAUUACUCGAUGAAACCAUUUUCACUAAUCCCAAAUCGUUUGAUUAUGAUUUCGAUGAAGACAUUAUGAAAUCGGCGGAUACCAAUGACAUCUACGACCAAGUCGUACGUCAACUACCAGCUUUUCAAGUGUUUCGGAAAGGGCAUGAUGAAGGAUAUACAAAAGUUCCUAUCGUUACACGCAGAGGGAAUACUUGGAGCACACUAGCAGAUACGCGAGGACCCAAAGAUUUUUUUGCAACUUCACCCAUGCCUGUUGAACCAAAAUUUGUUUCAACUACUGUUUUACCGACAACUUCACAUUUGAACACUGAAAUGCCUAACAACAUGUCGCAUAUGAGAAUCCCAAACCGGCAGCAGAAUUCUCAACCAUUUGCAAAGCAGCCUGCGCCAGCUUUCAAAGCACCUGAUCCAUCAAAUCAUGGUCCGAUUUGGAGAAAAGGAGGACAAAUUAUUUUCCAGCAUAAUAAUUCGGAAGUUUCUAGUAGGAGAGUAUCUAGCCCAUCUCACACACGGAUCACUCAAAAUGCUGAAAUCACUAGAAGACCAAUUCUUUCUCAAACUAGACGCUCGUGGAAUAUCAAUCCGCCCAGAAUGAAUACCGCAAGCUUUCAUCGUAACACUGCUGUAGUUCAAGAAUCUCAACCGAAACCAGUUAUUAUUCAGCGUGGGAAUGAACCACAUCGAGGUCCCACAUAUAAUUGUCGAGUUUUGAAUCCCUACGUCGACGGCUUACCAUCAUCUGAUCACAAUACAAACUGUAAAAUGUUGUAUCCAGGGUUAUCAUUGGAUGGAAGUUGCGAAUGCAUUUACACGGUAUCCGGUCGAGAUCAGUUCGGAUGCGCUGUUGGAUACAACUACUCUUGCAAACCAAAAUGA